AUGAACUUCCGCUCCUUCGUGGAAGCCCUCAAAGCCGACGGCGACCUUGUCGAGAUCAACGAAGAAUGCGACCCCAACCUCGAAGUCGGCGCCAUCAUCCGCAAGGUCGUUGAAAGCGACGAGCGCGCCCCACUCUUCAACAAGCUCAAGGGCCAGGAUGACAACGGCCUCUGGCGCAUCCUCGGCGCGCCCAACUCCCUUCGUGCCGACCCCUCGCAGCGAUACGGCCGUCUGGCGCGUCACCUUGGUCUUCCACCUACUUCGAGCAUGGAGGAGAUUCUCGACAAGAUGGUGGCCGCCAAGACCACGACGCCCAUCCCUCCCAUCGUCGUCGAGUCAGGCUCCUGCAAGGAGUUCCGCCUUACCCCCGACCAAUUCGACCUCACGAAGCUUCCUGCCCCGAUGUUGCACCAGUCCGAUGGCGGAAAGUAUAUCCAGACAUACGGGAUGCACAUCGUGCAGUCGCCGGAUGGGAAGUGGACGAACUGGUCCAUUGCCCGCGCCAUGGUGCACGAUAAGAACCACCUGGCUGGUCUGAUCAUCGAGCCGCAACAUAUCUGGCAGAUCCACCAGAUGUGGAAGAAGGAGGGCAAGGAUAUGCCGUGGGCGCUGGUGUUUGGCGUGCCCCCGGCGGCAAUCAUGGCUGCAAGCAUGCCAUUGCCUGGAGGUCUGUCAGAAGCGGAGUACAUUGGCUCGCUCGGUGGCGCGGCGUUGGAAGUUGUGAAGUGUGAUACCAAUGACCUUUACGUGCCAGCGAACUCGGAGAUUGUGUUUGAGGGUGUCUGCUCUGCGACGGAGACGGCGCCCGAGGGACCAUUUGGCGAAAUGCACGGAUACGUUUUCCCUGGCGAAGCCAGACCCCAGCCAAAGUACAGAGUCGAUCGCAUCACACACCGAAAGGACGCUAUUCUGCCCGUUUCCAACUGCGGUAGACUCACCGACGAGACACACACAAUGAUCGGACCCCUCGCCGCCGCCGAGAUUGGAUUCCUCCUCAAGUCCAAGGGCGUCCCCAUCAAGGAAGCCUUCUCACCCUUCGAGUCUCAGGUGACAUGGGUCGCUCUCCAAGUCGACACCGAGAAGCUGCGGGCAAUGGAGACCAAUGCCAAGGACUUUUGCAGGACUAUCGGUGAUAUUGUCUUCAACGACAAGGUCGGCUACACAAUCCACCGCCUCGUCAUCGUUGGCGAGGAUAUUGACGUGUACAACUUCAAGGACGUCAUCUGGGCGUUCUGCACGAGGUGCCGUCCCGGCUUGGAUGAGUAUCACUUUGAGGAGGUCCGCGGGUUCCCGCUGAUUCCCUACAUGUCUCACGGAAAUGGGGACAAGCACACUGGAGGAAAGGUCGUGUCGGACUGCUUAAUGCCUACGGACUACACCACCGGAAGGGACUGGGAGGCUGCGGACUUCAAGGAAUCUUUCCCCGCUGAGGUGCAAGAGAAGGUUUUGCAAAAGUGGGAGGCGAUGGGUUUCACGGAGAGGAAGUGA